UUGACAAGACAUAAUAAUAUAAUGCAUUUAUUACCCUGCGUAAAGAAAUACGACGAGAAACAGAGUCACUCGAAGCAGAUCGACAGGGAAAUAAAACAAUGGAUUAAAUCUUAUAAUGAUGCGAUAAAACUACUACUUCUCGGUACUGGCGAGAGUGGCAAAACGACGAUAAUAAAACAAAUGAAAAUAUUGCAUAUACAAGGAUUUACACCAAGUGAACGCCUCGAGAAGAUCAGACACAUACGGAACAACAUACAUGAAGCUAUUUACGAGAUCGUUCGAAACAUGUCACCCCUGAGCGUCGCUCUGCAGAACCCUAAAAACGUACAAUCACAGCAGUUUAUACUGCAACUGGGGGAGGAGUACCCGGAAGAAUAUAAUGAGGCUUAUUUCGACCACGUUCGAGCUCUGUGGAGGGACAGAGGGGUACGAGAAUGUUUCCGACGAGCUAACGAGUACCAGCUGAUUGAUAGCGCCGAAUAUUUCUUAGACAGAAUAGACCUGGUCGCGAAGACAGACUACAUGCCCACCGAUGCAGACAUUCUACGCUGCAGGCAGAAGACCACGGGGAUCCAGAAGAUUGAGUUUAAAGUUAAGGUGCCAAAAUCAAUGCACGGAGGUGUUCAAGAGUUCUGGAUGUUCGAUGUCGGAGGACAGAGAGGGGAAAGAAAGAAAUGGAUACAGGUGUUCGAAGGUAUCCACGCGAUCUGGUUCCUCGUCGCCUGCAGCGAUUUUGAACAAACAUUGCGAGAGGACAACUCGCAGAAUAGAUUGAAGGAAUCCCUGGACUUAUUCGAAGAUGUCUGGCAAAGCAGAUUUCUACUCGAAGCUGGCGUUAUAGUAUUCUUGAACAAGCAAGAUCUAUUAGAGAGUAAAAUAUCGCAAGGCAAAAGCAUCGCCCCCUACUUCCCCCAGUACUCAACGUUUAAUGACUCGGGGGAUGAAUACACACGAACAAAAUUAUUUAUUAGGAAACUCUUUGUUGACUUGACGAAGAAUCGCGUGAAGCGAAACGUGAGAGAAUGUCAGGCGGAGAGGUUCGUGGUGUCGGAGGCUGUGAGGGCCCGGGAGUGCUACUUCCACUUCACCACCGCCACGGAUACCGACAACGUGCGGACUGUCUUCCGAGACGUGCACCAGAUGAUCCUCACACACAUGCUGACCAGUAUAGGCGUUUAUUAAAACAUGGCGCCCGA